UCUUUCUCUCUCCCCCAACUUUUCAAUUAAUCCGCUACUCUAUCUCUCUCUACUCCCUCUCCUCCUUUCUCUCUCCUUACAACUAGUUAUUAAUCAGCAAAAUGGCCACACCACAGAGGAGCAGGAGCAGCAACGCCGUGGCCAUGGCAUGCUCUCCCGUCCCCGUAGUGCUCGACGACGACCACAGCCACCACGACGGGGAAGCACAGGAGGAGGAGCAGCUGGAGCUCCGGCGCGGCCCGUGGACCGUCGAUGAGGACCUCACCCUCGUCAACUACAUCGCCGACCACGGGGAGGGCCGCUGGAACUCCCUCGCCCGCGCCGCCGGGCUGAGGCGGACGGGCAAGAGCUGCCGGCUGCGGUGGCUGAACUACCUCCGGCCGGACGUGAAGCGCGGCAACUUCACUGCCGACGAGCAGCUGCUCAUCCUCGACCUCCACUCCCGCUGGGGCAACCGGUGGUCGAAGAUCGCGCAGCAUCUACCCGGGAGGACCGACAACGAGAUCAAGAACUACUGGAGGACCCGGGUGCAAAAACACGCCAAGCAGCUCAACUGCGACGCCAACAGCCAGCGAUUCAAGGACGCCAUGAGGUACCUGUGGACGCCGCGCCUCGUCGACGUCGACGACCACCUCCGCCGCCUCCUCCGCGCCCAGCAGCAGUCCGCCGGUGACCACGGUGGCUACAUCGCCUCCGACGUCGACGUCCACGCCCAGUUGUCCGGCAUGGUGAUGACCUCGUCGUCGGACUCGUUCGCGACGUCGGACCAGUCGUACGACGGGGGCCUCUUCGCAAAGGUGCGCGCGGGGGAGAUGCCGGUGGACGGUGGGGAUUGGACGCAGGAGACGAAUCAAGGGUGGAUGUGGUCAGACGAUCACCAUCAGUCGGCACAUGCCAACGGUGGCCAGUUUCAGGACACGGAGCUCAGUGGAUGGGUGCAAGGCUUCUCCGAGGGCAUCACUGAGAACUUUUGGGCAUUGGAGGACAUUUGGAAGAUGCAAUGAACAAUUUUAUGUUAUCAAAGGGUUAAAAGUACACGAUUAAUGGUGUUGAUAGAUAACUUACGAGAGAGAAGUCAUGUAUAGUUACUAGUUAGUACAUAUAUUCUAACUUCAAAAGUUACUAUAAGAAAGUUUCUACACACCCCCUUUUAUAUAUAUAUAAGAAAGUUUCUACACACCCCCUUAUAUAUAUCUAUAAGGGGGUGUUUAGAUACUUUCUUAUAGUAACUUUUGAAGUUAGAAUAUAUAUUUGUGUGGGGCUGUUAGUUUUUUGCCUCUUAAGGUUCACUCUUCUCUAGAGGUUUAAAAGGAAAGCAUUUAUCUAUAUUGAAACAUUGUUGUACAAUGUACAAGGAUAUAUCUAUAGAUGAUUGAUAUUCAAACUUUUGGGCAAUUAUA